GAAUGACGUCGGCGAUUUUCUCUUCAAGAGGAAUUUUUUUCUCGAUUCAUGAGAACGCGUCCAUUACACAUUAAAAUGUUUUAUUAGAUAUUUAAAUUUUCAAAAACAGUUUUGCAUUUAUUGACUGUAUGAAUGGUGCCAAUUGGAAAAAGUGAAUUAUGGGGUGUUUUUGUGAAGCAAUGCCCAAAUGGUGGCUCAUUUUAAUAAUAUCGAGCACAUGUUUCGCCCGGGAUGCCCAAAUUGUAGACCAGUGGGCUGAGAAGCUUGGACGUGAAAUUUGGGAAUUAGCUAAUGAUGUAGCUAAACCGGAUGUGUUGAAAGAUCGGUACAAAACAAUGAAUACGAAGGUGGUCCCCAAGCCUGGAGAUGAACUGAUUGAUGUAAUAAGAGACAGCGUCGGGCGGAUGCUGCACCGGAAGAUGGAUGCUGUUCGUUGCAUUCUGCAUGCGGCCGAGAAGGAAUCUGAGAUUUAUGAAGCGCCUAAAUCUUUUGAGGGCAUGUCCUACAUGAGUGGAAAAUUCAGUAAUGUACCCGGUGAGGUUACAGCCUUGCCGGAAAAUUUACGAAACAUCUCUUACAGGGAAAUGACUCUAACGCCAGAUUCUCAUUUUUACAACAUUCCCGUGAACAUAAAUUAUUCGUCUGUUCAAGUCCCAACCAAUGUUUAUGACUUGUCAUCGGAUGUGGCUGAAGCCAUUAGUUGGUCCGAAAACUUGGACGAAACUUUCACACAGAAUUACAGGUCUGAUCCUGCACUGUCAUGGCAGUACUUUGGCUCCACUACUGGAAUGCUGAGACUCUAUCCGGCAAUGAGAUGGAAAACUAAAAAAACUAAGGACAGUACAGAACGCUUGGGAGUAGAUCCGUACGACUGUAGAAUUCGAAGUUGGUUUAUUGAAGCUGCCACCUGUAGUAAAGACAUGGUUAUUUUAGUUGACAACAGUGGAAGUAUGACUGGAAUAGGAAAGUCAAUUGCAAGAAGAACAGUGUAUGCGAUCUUGGAGACGCUUUCGAACAACGACUUUGUACAAAUUAUGAACUUUUCCGACACUACACAGGAGAUAGUAUCUUGUUUUAAGGAUAGACUGAUUCAAGCAACACCGGAAAAUGUGGAAAAGUUCAAAGACCACAUGGUGCAGAUGAAACCGGAAGGAAUAGCGAAUAUAACGGAAGCCUUUAUCAAGGCGUUUACUCUUCUAAAGAACUACAGAGAGACGCGAGGUUGUGGACCCCAGACACCCUGCAAUCAAUUAAUUAUGCUCGUAACCGACGGAAUCGCUAGCAAUAUUACCGAGGUAUUUGAAACUUGGAACUGGCCAGAAAAUGGUACGCUAAUUCCGGUAAGGGUUUUUACGUAUUUAUUGGGCAAAGAAGUGACAAAGGUACGGGAAAUACACUGGAUGGCCUGUUUGAAUAGAGGAUAUUAUGUCCAUGUUCAUGAUCAAGAAGAAGCACGAGAGCAAGUGUUAAAAUACAUUCCGGUUGUAGCCAGACCCUUGGUGCUACAAGGAGUCGAACAUCCGGUAAGAUGGACGCACGUUUAUGCAGAUAUCACGAAUCCAGCACUUUCAACGUGGCUCUGGUUGGUAAUGGAGCACUAUGAUCAAAAGACCCGUCUUGAGAAACAUCUAAAAGGAAAAAAUCUGGGCGUCAGGGUUAACGAAGAUGCUAUCUACAUUAAACAGCUAGACUCAAAAGAAGAUGUGCGAUCAGAUCCAUCGCUUUUGAAUUCAACAUCUUAUCAAGAAUACAGUCUCCUUUUAUCAGUCAGCAUUCCUGUGUUUGACCUUAAGGGAAACAAGGACAAUAGCACAAAAAAAGCAAAUCUUCUUGGAGUUGCUGGAACAGAUGUGCCAAUUGAAGAAAUAAGGAAGUUAACUCUGCCUUUUAAACUUGGUGUCAAUGGUUAUGUUUUCAUUGUUUCCAACAAUGGAUAUGUAAUUCUGCAUCCAGAUUUGCGACCUAUUUCUAAUGGAGAAUUGAAACUCAACUACAACAGUGUUGAUCUCACGGAAGUGGAAAUUCUUAAUGAUGAUAGUGAACCCAGAGAACCUGGAAAAACGGUUAAGGAUCUACGUCAAAGAUUAGUGGACCACGAAAAUGGUAGCAUGAAAAAUGUAUCUGUAAAACUCCACUAUGAUGACAAUAGAAGAGUGACUCUGGAACGUCGUGACUACUACUAUAGAUCACUUCCAGGAACACCUUUCGGUAUUGCAGUUGCUCUGCCUAAUUACGGAACGACUUGGAUCAAGGUAGGUGACGAAAUCAGCAAAACUUUGAGCAAGAAAAUCAACAUCUUGGACUUAUUUGUUGGUAAAUUUUGGAGGAUACAUCCUAGCUGGAUCUAUUGCCGAUAUCAUUAUCCAGAAGGUCACAGGUAUCGAGGAGAAGAAGAGCUAAAACAUUUUUUGAAGCAUCUUCAAAAAAAUAAAAAACCCGGUCAAAAAUGGUAUAUGCCUAGUCAAUAUGAUGCCUAUGGGAAUGAGGUUGAACUCAAUUGCUCAAGAAGAACACUGGGCCCUGAAUCAUACUAUUGCAAUGAGGAAUUGAUGCAACUUUUAGUGUUUGAUGCUAGGGCAACAAAUGACAGUUUUACUGGGGAAUUUAAUUUGAGUAAUCUAGCGAUGAAAUAUGGGGUAUUUCAACGUUUCGUAGCAACACAAAGUGGACUCACGAGGUGGCAGCCGAUUAGUGAUAGCAGUAUUUAUUAUGGAGACAUUCAAUUCGGAGAUUUGUAUAGAAGAGCAGUCAAUGAGCCUUGGUAUAAAGGAGCCAUUUUUCAACAUCAAGAAGACCCUGACAGUGUUUGUUUAGGCGCAUCCCUACAGGUUGAACAAAAUGAGACCGCAAAGAGAGCCUUAAUAACUGUUUCUAUGGGAGUAUUUCCUAAGGAUAAUGGACUUGAGGCUCCAGCGGCUGUAGUGGGUUUCCAGUUGCCUAUGAAGUCUCUGCUUGCACGGUUCUUAAACAUAACUUCUCAUUCACAAUCAGAAUUAACAUGUACUAAAGAUAGUAUAAAUUGUUACUUGAUAGACCAAAAUGGUUACAUAGUUAUCUCUAAGGACUCCAAGUAUCCAAUUGGUUCUUUCUUUGGCGAUAUGCAUGCAUCAGUAAUGUGUUCUUUGGUGAAGCAGGAGAUAUUCACUCCGGUCGUCAUCUAUGAUUAUCAAGCCCUCUGUGAAAAUAUUAGCAAAACAGGAUCUGCAAAUUCUCUGAUGAAUCCGAUAUUUUACAUCUGGAAACUUUUUUCUGGAAUUGUAAUACGGUUAGUCUGGUUUGCUCUCCAGUUAAUGAACAUGCCCAUGUCUUUUGCUGAGAAUUUUGAAGACAGUCCUGAAGCAGAAAUUCCUCCACUGCCAUUACAAAAAGAGCAUGAAAUUAAUCAAAGAUAUGCUUGCGAUAAAAAGAAAACUCUGUACAUAAUGGAUCAGAAAAAGGCUAAUAAAGGUGUUACCAAUACGUCGAUGGAGUGCUCAAGCCCCUUCUUCGCCCAAAAAGUGCCUCAUACAAAUCUUCUCCUAAUUGUUGUUAGUAUGUACGGAGAAACAUGUACCUGCUUUGACUACACUACCAGAUCUGAGGAAAUUGAUGUUGGCACUUAUACAAAUUCCACAGAUGGUAGCCCUUGUCACAAAAUACCUUUGAAUGGUUUAUCACGAAGGAGAUUGGAGUCUUGUUUCACCGAGCAUCCUCUAGAGGAUGAGAUCCAAGCCUGUGGUGGUACAUCGGGCCUGACAGUUUGUUACACGUUGUUUUUUAUGAUAAUCAUAAGAACUUUAUUUAAAUUUCUUUGAUAAUAAAUUAAAUAAAUUAUUUGCUUUAUGAUCUCUAUAA